AUGUCAGUGCCUGGGAAUCUUCCUCUCCCUUGGCUUCAAACAUGUGAACAUUUAUCCUCCCCCUCAUCCCCACCCCCAUUCCGUCUCAUUCUUUGGCGUCCUGUGUCCGGCUUAAGUCGUAACCGCUGGCGUGGGAAUGCACCGCUUCCAUUUUUCCCAUUGAAUCGCGAAAAACACACUCAUCUCGUCUGUCAAGUUGUCAUUCCCAGCCAGGCCCUGGACACACUGGGAGGAUGUCCCAGUGUCUUUUGGUUGCUAUCCCCCUGUGGUCAAGCCUGUCACCUGCCACCAGCCACCUCCCCUUCCGACACAGGCACAAAAACUACACACGACACUAAUUCGCACCCACCUUAA